UCGUUGCCAGGCAGUCCUUGGUCGCACGUUGAAUGCCGUACGCUCUCCCACGGGGCUGCGCGCAGUAAGCAUAAUGUCGACCGCGGCUGACUGCACCGCGUUGUUUGUUGCACCCUCCUUCUCUGGCUCUCAACAGCAAUCCUCUUCGACACCUGCUCUUCUGCUUUUUUGGUCGUUUCCUUCUGCUUGCUAGUUACCUUUGCUCAAUAUGGGUCUUCCGCUUGCUGCGAGUGUCGUCCUCAUCGUUGUCGGAGCGUGCCUCAUUUUGACUGCCCCAUACAUAGCAGCGCUUGUUUAUCGUCAUCUGCGACGCUGCAAAGAACCGUCUCCACAAGAUACAGAAACGCCCAGCUUACAGGGAGCACCUAUCUCCAAGACGUGGAUGAACCGCUGGAAUGCCUUUCUCGAAACACACAGCAAGGACCUUGAAACUCAUAGUUCUCAGGCAGACCUUGAAGCAAGUCUUGAACCAGCCCUGGUCUCCAUGAACACGCCGUUGGCGGAAAAAGUUCAGGAGCAGGGCCCGGCUCUCACGCUCACUGAUGUGGAGCUGCGUGAGAGGCUUGCGGAGAAGUUUGCCGCGAGGGCUUUUCGACCUCCGCGCAACAAUCGUGGGGACAACGUUGCUUACAGUAUGCCUCGUGCGAUACGUUGCUCUGCCAGUCACUGAUUCUGUGUGAAUAGGACAGUCAGUCAGUUCAAUCAAUGCUUUCGCAGGUAGAGUUGGGGAAGACGGAUUGAAGGAGCUUCAACAAGCCUACGAAGAAGCAACUGCCU